AUGGACGAUGAUACGAUACAAAAGUAUCCCACAGCAACGGAACACCAAGAUGACCACCAUCAGGAGGAGAUAACAUCGGGUGAGGGCCACCAAGAGGUGGGCACUGAAACGGACAGCAAAAUGACGCCGCAUCAGCCUCCCGAAGAGCCGGAUUCGAUACAAAUGGAAAUGGGAGCCCUUAAUAAGUCCGACAAGGCUGUCUCCACCUAUGGCAUACCCGACCUGGAAGAUUAUCAGCGGGCCGUGACCUAUGAAUUGGUUUUCAAUUCUCUGCUCGAAAAGAAAAUGCAAGCCAUGAAACGGGACUGUGAGGAGCGUAAGCGGAACAAACGUUUAAAGCGGAAAUCCAUAGGGCGGAUUUUCCUUGCCAAGAGGCUAUUCAGCAGUGUGGAUUCACGUAAAAGCUCAAUGCUUAGUGAAUCGGCUGGGGGCAGUGUGGUCAUGCAGGCCCAUUCGGAGCCAACCACCCCACAGAAGCUAAUGAAAAUGCCAACAACUAAAACUGCCAUUCGUAAGGAUCAUGCGGCCCAAUCAUUGGACAUUGAAACCGAUCACAGUAUAUCCUCGGUCCAAAGUCCACCGUUUUCUAGUCAUCAAACAACGCAACAGGUGCGUCAAUCACCGACCAGCAGGUCCAAAUCGAAAUCGAACACUGCCAGUUCAGAGACACAAAAAACGCAGCAGCAGCAGUCGCCGCCGCAUCCUCCAGGUGCAACGGCCGAGGACAGCAUUGCCAGUACGUUGAGUAAUUCCUCGGGCAAAAUGGUCAAGCACAAUGUUUUGGUUAUGGCUCAGACCCAUGGUACCCCCACAGAGGUUCAGACCUCAACCUCAUCGGGGGAUUCCAGGGCGGAACAAAAACGUUCCUCUGUGCCAGCACACCCGGCUAGCCAUUCUCGUGGCGAAGUCACCUGUGAUACCAGCUCCCUGGCCAGUGGUUAUGAAAAUGGCGCAGGAGCUCGGCUAAACUCCCACACCAUUUGUGAGGAUAGCCUGACCUCAAUACGUGAUAGCAUUGAAAGUUUAUCCUUUGCCAGUUCACGGUGUACGGUGAGUUUUGGAGCCACUGAAGUUAUACCCGAGGAUAUAAGCUAUGAGCGAAUAAAAGCAGCAGCAGCCAAGAGGCAACGUAUACUGGAAGCCAAGUCAAUCAGUGCUCAAUGCAGCCCCAUACUGCCAUCGCGGCAUGUAAUACGAACCAUGGUGCAUGCACCACCCAAACCAAUGUCACCUCCCAUAACAAAAAGUCCUCUGACAGUAGUGGGUCCAGCGAGCAGCAAUCAACCACCCAUCAAUAUCAUAGAACCCCUACCCUUAGCCGAACCGGAAACCAUGGAGACCACAGAUGCCACAUUGCGAAGACGCUUCCUACCCAAUCAGUUUUCCUAUACGGAUAGCCUCUUCGAGUCACGCAACAUUUCACGACAAAACACUUCGGAGGAUAGUGCAAAUCUCACCGUCAGCACGCUGCUCAAUCAAAGUGAUUCCAUGUCCUUACAUGCCUCUCCCACGACAGCCACAUCCACGGCAAUACCCGAUUUCCUAGGGCGAACAUCCGGGCGACCCGUCAACAUCAACGAUCGUUUUAAAUCGAAAAGUGCCAGCGUUUUGGUAGCCUUGGGCAAUGGCCGUACUAGGCCUCCACCACCAAUGCCACCGCCAUGUGAAACGGCCCAACCAUCACCGGUGGCAUUGGCCUCACCACCCGAGCUGCCAACACUUCCAAUAAGCGAACUCCAGCAAUUGCACAUCGCAAGCAAUAUUAAGCAGAAAAUCUUAGUAGAUAGUUUCAAAUUAGUUACCAAAACGCAAAUAGCUCCUAGCACCAUCGCCACGACCCCCACCGCCCACACGAACAUCCCCAAGACCAGUGAUAUACCAACACAAUCAUUGCACAUUGUUACCAUGGCCUCUGCCACAUCAGAACUGCCUCAACAAUAUCCUGUGAUCGAAUCGUAUUCUUCUUCAACUAUGGGAGGGCCAGUAGCGGAUUUUCGUUCGCGAGGUCCCGAAAAUGCCUUCAUAAAUGGUGGGGUCUCUGCCGCUCCUGCUGCCAUUGUCACCACCACUUCCUCCUCGCUCAACGAUGAUACGGCCAAAUUACAUCGCAUGACCUCCACAUCGACUGGGUCGAGUAUUGCUCCUACAGGUUGUUGCACCACAACGAAAUCAUCGGCAUCACGUCUGAAAGAGAAGCAACGUUUUCCAGCAGAAGCACACAUCAUUCCAUCGGGUCAGAGCGGUAGCGAUGAUGAAUAUCGCAGGAAGAAGAGAAAAUAUAAACGUUAUCAUCGUUGUUCCGAUCCAGUAUUGGUAUAUCCAGCAACGAGUGGCCUGCAACAUUGUAUACUCUCCAUGCCGCCUAAUGAUCCCAUACAAUAUCCCUAUACCGAAGAUUACGCUUAUGAUAUACAAUUGCAAAUGGAAUCAGAUAAAAAUGAUGACCUCGAAAAAAUAGUUCCAAGUGAUAGUACAAAACGUAAACAUCAUAAACAUCGACACCAUCGCCACAAAAAACGCCAUCGUCAUAAAAAACCAAAAAUCCUUGUACAAGACUUAGAAACCCAGGAAGUCAAGGUAAUCGAUCCCGAUGACUUGCCACAACGUGCUCGCUGGACUAUUAUAGCCACAGCGUGUCUACUGUUGCUCAUGUGCCUCAUGUUAGUCGGUAUAACAUUGCGUAUGGCGCCAAUCAUCGAUGAUAUGG